UUCCUCAGGCCACAGCCACAGGAAGAAGGAACUGGCCGACCCCACACCAAUCCACGGAAUCUUCCGUCGCGUGGCUCGACGCCGCUGCGCGCCUGCGCCACCCGAAGCGCCUCGCUUCCUUCACGGCCACACUUCGACGGAAUCCACGACCACCCGAGCACCACCAACGCAGCGUAGCGACCCACCGGCCGCCGCCGCCAUGUCGUGCUCAUGCCCCUGCACGACCUCCUCCCCCUCCACCCCACUCUUCCUCCUCCUCCCCUCCAUCCCCGCCGCUUCCAGAAACAGUAACGGCGUUGCCUUCCCCUCGUGCGGUGGCGCCUUCAGCCCUGCUGUGAGUGGGCGGCUGCAGGGCGGAGCGAGAGAUAGAGGCCGGUAUGCGACAGUCGCAGCGAGCAGCAAGGAUGGGAGUGGGAGGGCGGAGGGGGGGACAGACGAGGACGAGUCGGCAUUCAAUCCGUUCGGGUUCGUGACGGACAACCCCUCUAGCCGCAGCGCCAUCCAGCUGCCCGCGGUUCCCGCCGAAGACGGCAAUGUCGGCCAGAUGCUCUACAGGAUAGAAGACAAGGGAAGGGAGUACGGCUCGUAUGUGAGAUCAGGGGAGUUUCGAUGGUUCGUGAGGGAAACAGGUUCAUCUGAUGCACGACGGGGGACUAUUGUGUUCAUUCACGGAGCCCCUACUCAGUCAUUUAGUUAUCGCAAUGUUAUGUCUCAGAUGGCAGAUGCUGGCUACCACUGCUUUGCUCCUGACUGGAUAGGAUUUGGAUUUAGUGAUAUGCCACAACCUGGAUAUGGAUUCGAUUAUAAAGAGGAGGAGUUCCACAAGUCAUUUGAUGAUCUUCUUGGUACUCUAAAUAUCACUGAACCAUUCUUCUUAGUUGUCCAGGGAUUUCUUGUAGGUUCUUAUGGGCUGACAUGGGCAUUGAAGAACCCAAGCAAAGUUCUUAAGCUAGCGAUCCUUAACAGUCCACUUACCGUUUCUUCUCCACUGCCAGGAUUGUUUCAGCAACUAAGGUGGCCACUUGUUGGUGAAUUUACGUGCCAAAAUGCUGUUUUGGCUGAGAGAUUCAUUGAAGCAGGCAGCGCCUAUAUGCUGAAAUCGGAGAAGGCUGAUGUGUACAGAUUACCAUAUUUAUCCAGUGGUGCACCUGGAUUUUCAUUGCUUGAAGCUGCCAGGAAGGCCAAACUGCAAGAUGUUUCAAGUAGAAUUUCAGUUGGAUUUUCAUCCAACAGCUGGGAAAAACCAAUAUUGCUGGCAUGGGGAAUAUCUGAUAAGUACUUACCGCUCUCGAUAGCUGAGGAAUUCCAGAAACGUAAUCUCGACUUUGUAAAAUUGAAGCCAAUAGAAGGAGCUGGUCAUAUGCCUCAAGAGGACUGGCCAGAGAAAGUCGUGGAGGCCCUAACAUCCUUCCUGUAAACAUGGACAAGACCAUGGACAAGGGUACGGGCAAAGAUGAUUUCGUUCGUUCAAGGAAUGCUUGGAUCUGGUCACGAGUACAUUCUUACACUAUUUCACUGCUGCGCGUAGCACAUGCUGUAUGACAUACGCAAAUCAGGACGGAGCUUAAUUCAGCAAGUUAUAGGAUUGAUCAUAGCCGGGUCUGUCUUGAUUAUAAGAAGCCAAACUUUUUCUUGCGUUUCGUCUGUAGUUAAUCACAACAUUUGUUAUAUAUGUUACUCUAUACCUGUACAGUUUGUAUAUAACUUGGGGUGUGUAACGAGUUGCCUUGUCUUGAUACCAAGAGGAAAGAGUAUAAACGAUCUUAAUUUUCAUAAGUACA